UUGGUGGGUCUUGGAAGCAGAGAUUUCGAGUCUUCGAUUUCCCCAUUCACAAGAGCAGGAGCGUGGGCUUUUAUAGCCCUUGAUACGAACCGUCGCUUGAUCGAGGCCGCGGGAAAAAAUCCCGACAGACACACGGCAGAGGCAAGCAAGCCGCCACUGAUCUGCAAUGCAAUAACGUAUUUCCCGGCUGUUUCGAUCACCCGGUUGCUCCGAUCACUAGAAUACCCACACAAAAUGCGUUUUUUUGUACGCUCAUACCACAAUGUCUAUAUUAUAUCCUGGCCUUUAAUUUUAAAAUCAUAUUAUAUAUAG